CUUGUUCCGCCCGGAGUUGGGCCCUUCCGGCGCCCAAGUUAGCAAUGUCGGGCCCUAACGGGGACCUGGACAUGCCGGUGGAAGCGGGCGCGGAAGGCGAGGACGACAGCUUCGGAGAAGCAGAAUACGCAGCCAUCAACUCCAUGCUGGACCAGAUCAACUCCUGCCUGGACCACCUGGAGGAGAAGAACGACCACCUCCAUGCACGCCUGCAGGAGCUGCUGGAGUCCAACCGGCAGACACGGCUUGAGUUCCAGCAGCAGCAGCUUGGGGACAGCCCCGGCCAGGCCAGCGCCUAGGCCCUGGGCUCCAACCUUGCCUCGCCAGCCACGCUGCAGCCUGGUUCAAAGACAACCUGGCCUCCAUCCCUCUCAAGGGACUGGUCUCUAGAUGCCCAGUGGACACUGGCAACCUGGCAGUUCCUCUUGGUCCCUGGACCCACCAAUUUAGUUCCCUGCCUGCCUAACCCUGGGGCACUGCCUGCUCUACCCACAUUAAAC